UUGCUAUUAACAGUAUAUAGCAAUCAGUAGUCAAAAGCUUACUGCCUUUAGGAAAGCAGAUUGUAAGGUGAGACAGUAAAUGAGCUAGCAGCAAGUGCUGCUGAGUAAAUGAAAGAGCUGCUGCACUGUGGAACCUGAUGUGACCAAAACACAAGCAAAUCUUUCUGAGUGGAAAAGCAACUGUCCCCCAGGAGGAGCAAACGGAAUCACUUCUAGAAGAAACAUGUUCCGGAAAAGACUUCUACUUGCUGGAAUUGUGAAUGUUCGAAAUAUCAUUUUGAAUACAUUGCAGCCGAAAGGAAUAAAUAUACUGAGAAGAACACUGACAGAUAAACAGAACAUCUCAAAAGAAUCACUGACUUAUUCUGAGAAGAUCCAAGAUAAAGGCAAAGAACCCACAGAACCUUUAUGGACUACAUUUGCUGAUAGUGUGGUCAAGCUCAGAAUAGAUCACUCAUGUUCACAAAUUCCAAUAACAGUUCAUCAGAUGUUCAAAGAGACUGUGGAUAAAUAUGGGCCUCUCAAUGCUAUGGCCAGCAAAAAGAAUGAAGAAUGGGAAAAAAUCACAUUUGCAGAGUAUUACAAUCUUUCCUUGAAAGCAGCCAAAAGCUUUUUGAAGCUUGGCCUUGAACGAUUCCACAGCGUAGCAAUACUUGGAUUUAACUCUCCAGAAUGGUUCAUUUCAGCUGUUGGGGCUAUUUUUGCUGGAGGAAUUGUCACAGGCAUCUAUACAACCAGCUCUCCCGAGGCCUGCCACUACAUUGCUUAUGACUGCAAAGCCAAUAUCAUUGUGGUAGAAAAUCAAAAACAAUUGGACAAGAUAAUGCAGAUCUGGAGUCAUCUACCGUGCUUGAAAGCAGUUGUGCUAUACAAUGACUCUUUGCCAGAGAGACAUCCCAAUAUAUAUACGAUGCAAGAAUUUAUGGAGUUGGGAAAUGAGAUACCAGAUGCUACACUCAAUGACAUUAUUAGCUCUCAAAAGCCAAACCAAUGCUGUGUGCUAGUAUACACUUCUGGAACAACUGGGAAGCCAAAAGGAGCCAUGCUGAGUCAAGACAAUAUAACCUGGACGGCAGCACAUGCCAGCAGAGCAGGGGAUAUGCAACCAGCAGAAAUCCAACAGGAGAUUAUAGUCAGUUACCUCCCGCUCAGCCACAUAGCUGCUCAGAUAUAUGACCUCUGGACUGGAAUCAAGUGGGGAGAGCAAGUUUAUUUUGCUGAGCCAGAUGCUUUAAAGGGCAGCUUGGUCAAUACACUGAAAGAAGCACAGCCAACAUCUCAUAUGGGAGUUCCACGAGUAUGGGAGAAAAUCAUGGAGAAAUUAAAGGACAUGUGUGCUCAGUCGGGAUUUAUGAAAAAGAAAAUGUUAUCAUGGGCCAUGUCCAUUAGCUUAGAGAGGAACCUAAGCUGCUCAGGAAGCAGUGACUUGAAGCCCUUUCGAACAAGAUUAGCAGACUACUUAGUACUUGCAAAAAUCCGCAGUGCUCUGGGAUUUUCCCACUGUCAGAAGCAUUUCUCUGGUGCUGCUCCUCUCACUACAGAAACUCUGGAUUUCUUCUUGAGUCUGAACAUCCCGUUGUACCAGGCGUAUGGGAUGAGCGAGACCACAGGCCCACACUGCAUGUCUGGGCCAUAUGUUUACAGACGUUGCAGCUGUGGCAAAGCAGUUCCUGGCUGCAAAGUAAAACUAGUGAAUGAGGAUGCAGAUGGCAUUGGAGAAAUUUGUUUCUGGGGAAGAACUGUUUUCAUGGGUUAUUUAAAUAUGGAGGAUAAAACAAAAGAAGCCAUUGAUGAUGAUGGGUGGUUGCAUUCUGGAGACUUGGGAAGAUUAGACAAGGACGGCUUCCUCUAUGUUACUGGAAGAAUUAAAGAGUUAAUUAUUACAGCUGGAGGUGAAAAUGUGCCUCCAAUCCCAAUUGAAGAUGAGGUCAAAAAGGAACUGCCCAUUGUUAGCAAUGCUAUGUUGAUUGGAGAUCAAAAGAAGUUCUUAUCAAUAUUACUGACCUUAAAGAGUACUCUGGACCCAGAUACAUCCGAUCCGACUGACAAUCUGACUGAGCAAGCCAGAGAAUUCUGCCAGAAAAUUGGCAGCAAAGCCACUACAGUGUCAGAGAUUGUGGCAACCAGAGAUCAGGCUGUUUACCAGGCCAUUCAAGAAGGAAUCGACAGAGUCAACAUGAAAUCCACUGCCAGUGUUCAGCAUAUUCAGAAAUGGACAGUCCUGGAAAGAGAUUUCUCCAUUUCUGGUGGAGAAUUUGGUCCUACGAUGAAAUUAAAACGACCAGCUGUGCUUGAAAAAUACAAAGAUGAAAUUAAUUCAUUUUACAAAGAAUAAAACUAGACUUCAUGCCAAGUAUUGUCUGCAAGUUUCCCAAGAAGCAAAACAAAUUCACCAACUCUGUGUUGCAGGAAACAGCUCCCAACAAAUGCAUUUGAGGAUUUACUGUUCUAGGCUAGCACCACCGUUUGUUUUGCACCCUAUGCAACAGACAUUAGAAGAGAAACAUCCAUAUAAAGAUCUAGUUGUAAUUCUGCCUGCAAAGUAAUAAAAUUUCUUGAUACAGAUAAGUAUUCCUACAGCCCUGUCAUUGUGAAUAUUUUACUUUGAGUUAAACUUAAUGACAUAUUCAUGUGGGUGUAACGGUUUAUAGUAAAGAUGUAGCUCACAUUCUUAUAGGUUGGGUAAAAGAAUAAGAGAAGACUAAUUAACAUCCUAACUGAUAUUUCCUUACAGUUUUUAUAGUUCUGUAAUAGGCUAAAUUGAUUAUAGUUCAAACAGUUGGUAGAUAUAACUAAUCAAGUGCCACUGCUUAGUGAAACUGCUACAUCCUUAUAGUAUCAAUGGCCAUUGAGCCCUAACUGAAAUUAAAAGAUCAACAGUUCUAGAAUGUUUUCAGUGAGGUCUUGUACCAAAAGAAAUUCUACACAGUGUGGCUUUGUUAAUUCCUCUUUCCAGCCUUGUAGUUUGUCAAGAGAAUUCUGGAUUGACCAUCCCCCCCACCCCCAAAAAAGAUGAUUUUUUCAAUCUUUGGUUCAUGCUGAAAGACACUUUAGUUUAGCAUUUCCCAGAGUCAAGUGAUGACAGUUGGUGGGCAUGAUCAGAAAUAACAGCCCAAGAUCAAAACCUAGACCAGGGCAAAGAUUGUCUCACUCAAUGCAGGGGACCUGAAUCAGAGUGGAUAAAAGUAAUGAUUUAAAAAAAAAUUAAAUGGUUUAUUAAAAAAAACUAUUUAAAAUUAAAUUUGAGAUUGACAGCUGCUAAAGCCUGAACGCAUCUAUUAAUCAUUUAAAAUUAAAAACAAAGCAGUACACUUGCUGUUGAGUUUUAAAGACAAUCAAAGCAUUGAAUUGGUGGGAAUUUCUUUUUAUGUACUUGGAACUAGUUUGUUAAAAUGCUCAACCAGAUUUUGACAGCAGUAGUCUUUUCUGCAGGUGUAGAGGGAAUAUUUUCUUCAUUUCUGUUUAUUCAGCUAGUUCAGUUUAAUGACUAAUUCAUUCAAAGUUAAGAAACUAAUUGGAAGGGGGGGGGGGGGGACAAAACAAAAACUUGUUUUCCUUUUCCAGUCUGACUAAAAACUAGGUGUAAGAGGAUGAGCUCUGCUAGUACUUAAAUCUUGAUGCUCAUAGUGACUAGAAACAAUCAGUUCAAUUCACUAAUUACAGAUACUUCCUUUGUUUAAUAAAUGGUUCAUUUUAAAUACAAAACAUGUUUUGACAAGAAAAAAAGUUUGCACCCAUCACAAGGUAGUUUAAUAAAAAAAAU